AUGCGGCGGAUUCUUCCACAACAUGCAAAAGUCUCAGACGAUGCUAAAGAGGCGAUCCAAGAAUUGGUGUCCGAAUUCAUCAACCACAUCACUAACUUAGCUAACGAACGUUGCCAUAGGGAACAACGCAGGACUGUGACAGCUGAGGAUGUCAUUUGGGCCAUGAACAAAAUUGGGCUGACCAACUACGUUGGGCCUCUCACCUUAUACCUCCAGAAACAUCGUGAACAAGAAGCCUCGGGCCAACGGAUCAGGCCCAAUACUGUGAGGCCCAAUGUGGAACUUGGGCUGGCACGGCGUACUGGGUCAGCCCAAGUUUUGCCGAUUAACUAUGCACCUGGGCCGGGUUAUUCGUACCCGCACUUCCCACCCACUGGAGUGUUUUAUGAUCCAGCAGUUCAUGUAAUGAUGAAUGGGUUUAAUGACAUGAUUAAUUACAUGAGGAGUGAAGAAGAGAUAGGGGAGAAUGAUGGGCCAGCUGAGUCAUCAUCUUCAACUGCUACUAACUAUGGUGUACCAGCUGGGGUUAAUGAUCCAAACGGACACCUCAAACAGUGA